AGAUCCGCAGGGCUACUCGCGUCGCGUCCCGGGAGCGCCUCCUUUCUCUCUGAGGCCGCCGCAGGCUCGGUAAGGCGUUUUUCCCCCUCCGGCCGGCAGGCUGGGCGCGCAGGGGCGCUGGCCCCUGCCCGGCGCGCAGUGGCACCAUGGGCACGGUUCUGUCCCUGUCCCCCAGCUAUCGGAAGGCAACCCUGUUUGAGGAUGGCUCGGCCACGGUGGGCCACUACACGGCCGUGCAGAACAGCAAGAACGCCAAGGACAAGAACCUGAAGCGGCACUCCAUCAUCUCCGUGCUGCCUUGGAAGAGGAUCGUGGCCGUGUCAGCCAAGAAGAAGAACUCCAAGAAGGCGCAGCCCAACAGCAGCUACCAGAGCAACAUCGCGCACCUCAACAAUGAGAACCUGAAGAAGUCGCUGUCCUGCGCCAACCUGUCCACAUUCGCCCAGCCCCCGCCGGCCCAGCCGCCCGCACCCCCAGCCAGCCAGCUCUCUGGCUCCCAGACUGGGGUCUCCUCUUCUGUCAAGAAGGCCCCGCACCCUGCCAUCACCUCUGCAGGGACACCCAAACGGGUCAUCGUCCAGGCGUCCACUAGCGAGCUGCUGCGCUGCCUGGGUGAGUUUCUCUGCCGCCGGUGCUACCGCCUGAAGCACUUGUCCCCCACGGACCCCGUGCUCUGGCUGCGAAGCGUGGACCGCUCGCUGCUCCUGCAGGGCUGGCAGGACCAGGGCUUCAUCACACCGGCCAAUGUGGUCUUCCUCUACAUGCUCUGCAGGGACGUCAUCUCCUCCGAGGUGGGCUCGGACCACGAGCUCCAGGCCGUCCUGCUGACCUGUCUGUACCUCUCCUAUUCCUACAUGGGCAAUGAAAUCUCCUACCCGCUCAAGCCCUUCCUGGUGGAGAGCUGCAAAGAAGCCUUUUGGGACCGUUGCCUCUCAGUUAUCAACCUCAUGAGCUCCAAGAUGCUGCAGAUCAACGCCGACCCACACUACUUCACACAGGUGUUCUCCGACUUGAAGAAUGAGAGCGGCCAGGAGGACAAGAAGCGCCUCCUCCUGGGGCUCGACCGGUGAGCUCCUGGAGCCGGCACCUCGGCUCAAGGAUUCCAUUCGUUUUUAAAAUUUAUUACUAAACGAAUCGAGUUUUGUGUACAGUAUGUGUCUAGCAGAGCCACCGAGGGUCUCUUCCCAUGUUCUUUCCUUGGGGUUUUUUUCCAGCCCUUUCCAGAACUCUUGGGACUUUCGAACUCAUGAACCUUGUGCAAACCCACGAGACACGUUCAGAGCCACUUAAGGCUGCUGACCACUCACUUUCCCGGACUAAGGGACUGACCUCCCCUUGUCACCUGGACCCAUCCGGGUCCAGGGUUGAUGAGGCUUCCCACUGUCCCAUGGCUGGAGCUGGAGAGGGUCCUGUGGCUGGUGGCCCAGGAGGAAUCGGCCCUUUCCCGGCGACUGUUUCAUUCUCUCAAAGGCUCCUGGGGCCAGCUCUCCUGACUCAGGAUCUUGAUGGUUGUGAGGCAAGAUCUCCGCUGCCCUGGGGCGUCCGUGCAGAAGCCUGGGGGUGGGUCUGGUGCAGAGAUUAUUGAUGACUGUUGACCCAUGCACAGCCCUGGUCUGCUGCUUGCUUUUUAGGGAGAAGGGCUUUCCUUUGCUGGCAGGAUGGAGCUCCCUGCCCUGUCCUUUUGUCUAUGCUCCCAGCUCCCGUGUUAGUGUUGGUUAAUGAGGUGGUUUGCUCAUUAGAUUUCUCUCUCACUUUGGGUCCCAGCUGAGGGGGGGAAGUGAAGCUAGGGGCAGCUCCUUUCCUGAGUGAGUGUUUCAUCUGAACAAUGCAGAUUAGUCAGUCACCCUGUACAAAAGCCAGGACAGCAGCAGGGACCCAUGAGCAACGCUGCCUUCUGGGCAUGUGGGUGUCCACGCCUGAGAUCAAGUUGGUGCCCACCUAAGUGCUCAGGCCUCUUGCUGGUGCCCAUGGCAUUUGUCCUCCGAAGCUGGGGAAGGUGAGAUGAGUGGAUUCGGGUGAGGUGGUGUUGGCGUCGCCCACUCCUACCCCUUGUUGAUUUAAAGCGGUUCCCAAUCUGUUCGGCUUCUCCUGGAGAGGAAGCUUUGCUCUGUGCAACCUACUGAGACAGCUGCGUCUUGGAGACAAUUUCAAGAUUCCAGCGUGACCCCUGAUUGCUUUGGAAGCUCGGUGACCGUCCAGCUAACACUUCCAGCUGCUGGGUGUGGUGCCUACCUGCCUGCUGCAGAACACACUCUGUGGACUUGACUGGAUUCUCUUUCUAAUUUCCCCAGACUGGUGGCUUGGGGUUUGGAAGUGGUCCAAGAGGAGGGAGCGAGUCUUCCUGCAUGGCCCUCACUCCAGCGUUGGGGAACAAAGAGCAAUGUGAAGAUGCUACGGAGGAUUUCCUCUUCCUGUCCUGCUCCCGGGGAGUGUUGGAUUGGGGGCUACAGUGGGGAAGGCAGACAUUAUCUUACAUAGGAUUAGGCUCUAGGUGGCUGCCAACUCGCACAAGCACUACUGAAAAAUCACAUAUAAUGAAAAAGCUGUGAAAUUGAGGUCUCGACUGAAGAGACCUGGAGCGGAGCCAGCCUUUCAGCCGACGUAUUCGCAGAGGUGGGGAAGAGGACCUGUCGGGACUAGAGAGCCUCUCCCCAGUCCCUCAUCCGGGUUCCUAGAGAGCAGAUCCUGGGCCCUGGCAUGAUCUGACACGGAGCUGGGCAGGCCUUGCCGCAGCCUGUCUGUACUGGCUUCAAGUCGCCCACCUUCAGAUCCUGCUGCCACCGUGACCCACACUGGGAGCCCCACGGGCGGCUGGAAGAGCUUCCAGUGUCCAGUCUGAGGAGGAGGGGGCGUGUGUUUGUAGCCUGCCAGCUGCUGAGGCCAGCCUGGAGCUGUUCCACUGAGCUGCAGUAACAGGAGUCCAGCUCUGCUGACGGUUUCCUUCUCUCUUUUUUAAUUUUUUUAACUUUUGAGGAGGUGCAUACUUCAGGAGUGGUCGGCGACUAAGGAAAGAACUCCCUCGUUCCAUUGUGAAGUCCAUGUGUCCUCUCCCCUUGCAUCGGUCAUCAGUGCUGUGUAAAGGAACAACUGAUAGACUUGAGUGUUCGAGCAACGAACCCAUCUGACAUGCUGCUAUGAAGACACUUUUAGAACAAACACACACAAAAUAGAAAAGAAAAAAAAAAGAAAAAUGUGAAAAAAAAUCUACAAAAAAAGAAAAAAAAAGCCCCUUUUCUUCUCCGUUGCUUUUACAGUGGUACUGUGCA